GGUAACUCAUUUUAUUGGUAAACGAUGCCGUCAUCUGAAGAAAAUUCUCAAGACAAACCCAAAAAGUCAGGAAGAGGAUUUUUAAGGCUGGCCUUCGCGUUUGGAUCUACCCAUAUUAUCCUAGGAGUAUUAGCUGUGGUAUUUGGAUUAACAGCAAUCGCAGUCGUUGGGGGCCUGGCGAAUAUUGGUACUGGAAUCUGGUGCGGGGUAUUUUUCAUUGUCACCGGGUUUUUAGGAUGCGUCUCCGGAAAUGAUAGGAACAGAUCUUUGAUUAUUGCAUUCAUGGUUACAUCGAUCAUUUCUGGAUUCUGUCUUACACCUAUUUUGGUAAUCGUGACGUCACUGGAUGUCAAUCGACGGCAUAAUUAUGGAAUUCAUCACAAUUGUUGGUUUACCGUACCCCACUGCUCAGCUAAUUAUACAAACCCUAUUGCCAUUGACGUAAUGCUUCUGAUGGUUGCGCUUGUUGAAGGAAUCAUAUCCUUAUUUAGUGUAUGGUAUUGCUGUACUACACUUUGGGUGUAUCGUCAAACACCAAAGGUGUAUUAUGCUACUGGGUUACCAAGUGAUAUACCGCAACAAAAUCAGAUAAUCACUGUUCCAGAGAAACCAGCGCAAUCCGAUGUGUUUAUCGUACAACCCGGAGUUCCAGGCCCACCUCACCUUAGAAUCGCUCAACCAAUAUACCAGUCGGCUCCAAUGAUGUACCCAUACCAAAAUAUGUACGGUUCGCCCACCGUUGCAAAGCUGCCAGCAUUGAAUCAAUUUCAAAUGAUUGAGACAUCAGCCCCUCAGUCUCCAAACCUCGAGCACCACAGUCCUAGAUUUGAAAUUAUGGAACCCACCCAAGCGGCACCAAACAUCAAGCAAGAUCAACCAGAGCCGCAUAUAUCGACGGAAAACGAGCACAGCACGACAGUUCAGGCGUAGUGGACACCCCAC